CAUCAUCAAUCUAAUUAUAGUUAGAACUACUAUUUACAGCGGGCUCAACUAGCGCGCUAUCAUAAUCGGUUGAACAAAUUACAACCACUAUCAAAUAUAAUCGGUCGAAUAAAUUACAACCACUUUGAUCGAGUCAGCGCUGCAAGCACAAUGUCUGAUCGUGAAAGUAUCACUGUAGCAGCACCAGAGCAAGUUCAUCGUUUUGUCACGGCAACUAUUCCUGCACAAGCUUCAACAUCAAACAAUCCAGCUGUUGAUCGAAGUUUAGCGGUAUGUUGUGUGAUAUAAUAUGUAUCACUUGUCCAUAUUCUUUUGUUAUUUACUGGUGGCCUAAAUUAAGUCGUGCCUCUCAAAAUCUUAUUUUCAUUCUAAGCAUAUAUCCACACACAAGAUUCUUCACUUUGCUGUACAUUAUUUGCUCGCUUAUCUGUAUCUUUUAUAUAGGCAGAUUUUGCGGGUUUUAAUCCAGAUUCUUAUAUCCAGAUUCUUAUAUCCAGAUUCUUAGCUUUAAUCCAGAUUCUUUAAUCCAGAUUCUUAUCGCUAUAUACACCUUUUGCUUAUAGACUUAGUUGUUUUAAGUUUCGAUUGCAUAUUUGUUGAUGACCACUUAUCUCUUUGUUCCGUAUUUAUAGCCUAAGUUGGUUUGUUUAUGUUACCUCCUCAAUUUUAGCGCUUGUAUUUGGUUCUCAGUUUACUUUCUGUAGCGAGUAGCAGCGUUAGCCCCUCCGUGUUUAGCUCUGUGUACAUUCUACUACAUAAGUUGCUAUCACAUUUAGUGCAUUUUCGUCUAACAUGUAAUUGCUGUACAUUUUUGCAUAACCUAAUUAGUUUACUCGCCUACGUGCGUCAUGCUUUCACGCUCUAAAGGCGGAACUCCACUAGAUGAUUUUUGAGAAGAUCGUCAAACGAAAGGUAGGAUAACUUCUACUUUUCGUCGAGCGCCAGACGAUCGCCAAAUUUUUAACCAAUAAGAUUGCAGGAUUCUUUAUCCAAAUAUUUCUAUAUGGCGACCGUCGAGUUGAGUGAAGCUGCAAAUCAAAAUGUAAAUUUUCUUGCUGAACACUAUAUCUAUAGCCGUAUAGCGCUACAUCUGUUUCUUUGACGAUUUAGGUUGAAUCAAAACUUGGAGAUCUUCAUGUAUCAUUGGCGCACUAUCCAGUCUUGGACAGACUCAGUGUAAUUGUUCUAAGAGCCAUCCAUCUUCCACUCCAUAAAGGAAUAAGCAAUCCGGGUUUGUGUAUAAUACGUAUUCAUCGUUUGUAAAUGUUUUGCAUGCAACUAAAUACAUGACAAUGGACCAUUUGCAUUCUAGACUAAAUUUUGAUCUAGACAAGUCUGGACAAAUAUUUCAUCACAGCUUGAAAGAGCAUCACGAAAUUAGUAAUAUAAUAUAGCCUUGCGAAGUUUGCCGUUUUUCAGUCAUUUUGUCAAGUAUUACAAAUUGACAGCCCAAUCGGGUGUUGGGGCAUCAAUUUCCCGUUUGUAAUACAAAAUGACUAAAAAUUGCAAAUUUCGCAAGGCUAUAUUAUCCCGCAUUUUACAACAUUUCGCAACGAAACUUUGGAAUAUUACUAAUUUUGUGAUGCUCUUUCAAGCUGUGAUGAAAUUUUUGUCUAGACCAAAAUUUAGUCUAUGAUGCAAAUGGUCCAUUUAUUUCUUCGCUGACUAGAAAAAGUGCUCGGAGAGUCGGGCCUUAAUGCCAUGCACUCUCACUGCAAACAUUUGUAUAGGUAAUAGUAUUAUUUUGAGUGCAAUUUGAAAAAAAAACAUGCACGAGUGAGUUUUUCAAAAACUAUCAAUAAGUCCGAAGGAUGAGUGCAAUUUGAAGUCUUUGAAAAAAUCACGAGUGUAUGUUCUUUGUCAAAUUGCACGAGAAACCAUACAAGAACAGUACUUAUUAAUAAUAUAAUUGAAAAAUUAUGCAGUCACUCCUAAAAACUCCUAAAUGUGUGUUUUUUUUAUUAUUUCUGCCGGAAAUUGCUGUAUCUUAUUGGCUAUCUUUGUUAUUGUUUCAUAUUUUAAGCCAACUAAAUAGUCAAUGAAAUUUGCACUGUAUUUCUCUUUUUUGCACUGUAUUUCAUUUUUUUUGGCCCUGUAUUUUGAAAAAAUUACACUGCUGUUAGCCAAUCAGAAUUGAGAAUUUUUUUCAUGUUUAUUAUUAUGAGUAAGACCAAUGCACAGUGACUUAACUAGUGAGUGAAAUUUGGGCCCAACAAAAAUUUGAUGUUUCUUUGCAAGACGCCAACAUUGAAACGGGCGAGGGGAAGGAUGGUGGAAUACAUGCAUCAAGAAAUGGUAUAAUACAUCUGAGUGCACGUAAAAACUAGAUUGCCCCAAUAUAUAUUACCAAAGAUCGUUGCUUUGUCAAUAUGCAUUAACGUGAUGUCACGCGUUAUGCCCAGCUGAGAUUGGGGAUCAUAUUCAGAGAUUAACGGCAUUUUUUCUUCAUAGAUACGUAUGUAAAAGUGACGUUUUCGAAAGGUAACAAUGUAUUAAAAGUAAAGAAAACCAACGUAAAAUGCGAUACAAUUGAGCCAUUUUACAACGAAACAUUUCACAUCAACGCAACAAGCGACGACCUUCCAACGUGCAGCUUACUGCUGUCGGUAUAUCAAAGUACCGGAAGUGACGUAACUUCGGACGGCAAGCUGAUUGGUCGAGUAUUACUGGGCGGGAUGAUGUAUGCACGUGGCAAGGAACUUGAACACUGGACUGAUAUGUUAUGUCAACCUAGAACUAUGGUUAAAUACUGGCAUGCACUGGGAAAAUAGGAGUUAGUACUGAUCUUGCAAUAACCCUGGACAGAUUAUUUAUCUCAUCUUUGAUAAUGAAUCUGGGUCAUUGGACUGAAAUUUUAGGUCAACCUAGGACUAUUGUUAAAUAUUCGCAUUCGCUGUGAAAAUAGGAGUUAAUCGCUGUGAAAAUAGAAGUUAAUAGUUAAUACUGAUCUUGCAAUAAUACAGGUUUGAUUACUUAUCUUUAACAAUGAAUCUGAGUCAUUGCACUGUAAUGUUAAAUCAACCGCCAACUACGGUUAAAUAUUUUCACAAAACAUUUGGAAAUACUUGUCUAUUAAUCUAUUAUGUUGCCUUUAAUCAUUUUUUAUUUGUCGAAGUCGUCUUAGACUUGUGCCACAUCUUUCUUGAAUUGGCUUCAAUUGGAUCUAUCCAGUACCGAGUCUAAAAUUGUCUUAUCUCUCGAGCUGUUGAUGAUAUUUCAAAAAAUUCUUUCGCUCCCUUUUUAUCACCAGAAGUUUCGGA